AUGUCACUUUCCACUAACAAUCUAAUUUCCAUUGUAUCUUUUUUCGACGAUUUUGAGGCUUUAAAAAUGUUUACUUUAAUAAACAAAAAGUGUCGCCGAGUUUUGUUUCAACUCAAAGAAAACCCUAUUAGUCUGACUGAUCACACCGCUUUGAUUUUUUCGACCUUUGAAAAACAGAACAUCUUCACAUAUGAAGACGAGCACUUCUUUGGUGUCACAAAAUUUGUGUAUCACUGUCCCGUCUGUUACUCAUACUAUAACGAGAUGAAAGGAAAUCGGUACAUCUUCAAACAUGUAGUAUAUACCUCUCGUGACCGAAGGCGGUUUGGUGAUUAUGUUCCUCGUGGUGUCACUGACAUUGGUUUCGACUCUUUUUUGAUGAGUGAAAUCCAGACGUUAGCCAUCCCGACUUCUGUCACAUCAAUUCAAAACAAUGCAUUCGAGAAGUGCUCUAAACUUGUUUCUCUUGAACUCCCGUCGAGACUUAUCUCAUUGGGAGCAGAGGCAUUCAUGGGAUGUUCAAGUUUGACCAGACUUGACACACCAAAGUGCCUCACCUUUGUUGGUUUUAGUUGUUUCGAUGGGUGUUCAAACCUUAAGAACCCCCCUGUGGUGUCUAAUAAAAUUAUUUAG